CCAUAACCCGCCGUUGGUUCUCUUUCCCUCGAAGCGCCAAGCUGAAGCUGAGUUGAGUGGAGCUUACUGUUCGUUUUCUCUUCCGUUCGUCGGAGAAACGCUGAGCGAAAAAUGGCACUGUGGAUGGAGGAGGGUUCGAAUCCCUUAACAGAAAGCGAGAAGGCUGACCUUGAUGCAAUAUCUGCCAUUAAAGAGUCUGCUGCUCUCGAGCUCAAGGAAAAGGGAAAUGAGUUCGUCAGGUUGGGUAGAAAACACUAUUCUGAUGCUAUUGAUUGUUACACUAGAGCAAUAAAUCAAAAAGUCUUAAGCAACUCCGAGAACUCUGUUCUUUUUGCAAAUAGAGCCCAUGUGAAUUUGCUGCUUGGAAACUAUAGACGAGCCCUUAAUGAUGCUGAAGAAGCAAUCAAUUUGUGUCCCACAAACAUCAAGGCAAUUUAUCGAGCUGCUAAGGCAUCUCUUUCCCUGAAUUUAUUAGAUGAAGCAAAGUCCUACUGUGUAAGUGGGAUCAAGUGUGACCCAAAUAAUGUAGAAAUCAAGAAAAUUGAGGAACAGAUUGAUUCGCUGAAAUCCGAGCAGGAACAACGUGAGGCUCAAGUCAGAAAGGCUAUUGCAGAGGCAGAGAAGCUUGUUUCUGCAAUUGUACAUAGAGGUUUGAAGAUUGGGAAGGCGACGUAUCAAGAACUAACUGGACUAAGAAAGCCUGUAUUAGAUAAAAAUAAUAUUCUUCAUUGGCCAGUUCUUCUACUGUAUGCAGAGGUUAUGUCCAGUGACUUCAUUGAGGAUUUUUGCGAGACUGAUAUGUUUUCAGCUCAUUUGGACAUGAUGUUUUCAGAAGGUUGUCCACCUUUGCCAUGGGAUGUAGAGAACAAAUAUACCCGUGAAGCUGUUGAAUUAUACUAUGAGGUUGGUUCAGGAAUUUGUUUAUCAAAAGUAAAUAUUAUACGACAUCUUCUAGAGGGAACUGCUGCUUCUAAUGCAGAAAACCUCGUACUUGACGAGAAAGAUGCAAUUGAAUGUUCAAAUCAUGACACUUCUGCAAAUGAAGGCUCUUCUAAAUGGAUCAAAGUUAACGAAAAAAGAACGCUUCACGACGUUCUAAAGGCGCCUAACUGCCUCAUACCAGGAAUACCAGUCUUUUAUGUUGUUUGGAGGAACUCAAAAUUUUACAAAGAUUUCAAAGCUGGGAGAUGGGGUCCUCCUUCGUGAGUUUAUUGGAUCAAGCAGCAUAGGCCAUGAAGACUCCAUAGCCAUUUUUUGGAGCUCGGGUUGAUUAGAGUUUGUGGUUUUUCAAAUUUUAUUUACAUUUUUACCUUGCGGCAGGUGAACAAUUCUUGUGCUAGUGUGCAACCUAAAGAAUGUUGUUAUUAUUAUUAUUUAACUUUCCAAGUUUUCUCAAAUUAAAAUCUCUGUUCUAAUCA